GUGGACCGCGCGCGCACCCCCUGGCUGGUUGUCUACUUCCACACCAGCUACUACCACAGCUAUGUGGCUCAGUACAUGCAGGGCAACACCUUCCGCACAGUGUACGAGCCCCUGCUCCACCAGCACGGCGCAGACCUGGUGUUCUCAGGCCACACACACGCCUACGAGAGGACUUUCCCAAUCUUCAACUACUCUCGCGACUCCUGCGGCCCCAUCUACAUCACCAUAGGCGAGCAGGUUCAUCGACGCCCAGCCGCAGGAGGCGUACUGCGCCAACCUCCCGCCUGGUCCGCCUUUAGGGAGCAGAGCUUCGGCUUCGGCCUGCUGGAGCUGCUCAACGACACGCAUGCCGUGUGGCAGUGGAACCGCAAC